UGAAAGGAACGAAUAUGAAAAAGAAGAUCCAAUACUAACUCAAAGCGCUUCAACAGUUGCUCAAAAAGCACAAUGGUUUAACGACGCCACACAUAACAACAUGCAAACACAGCCAUUGAAGACUGCAACCCGACAACAUAACUCGCCUCAGUUGACGUCGGGCGUGAGCCGAGUGCAGUCGCUACGACACGACUUAGAAGUCCAAGAACGACAUCGGAAAUUAGAGGAUAUUUUCAACAGGAAGCGGAAAGAGGAAAGCAUGCGAAAGGCUGGAAAUUCAAAAGACAUUGUUGAUGGAGGCAAAAGUUCAACUCCAGACGACAAUCUUUCUUGCGCGGUUAAACUGAGAGAAAUCACAGUCCGAUGUGAAGCACUGUUGGAAAACCCUGACUCGGGUGGGGGCAAGCCGGAGUUCGACUGGAUUAGCUACGAGAUACCAGAAAUUGCGGCGCCUAGAGAUCUGCUGAGAGAACAUCUAAAGUGCAUUGGGCUUAAUGAUACAGAGGAGCCCCUGGUAGUUCUUGAGACACGUGAGUGUGUGGAUGAAAAGAAGAGACACUCCUGUUCAUUCAGACGAAUGCUCCACUCGGCCGAAAGCAUAUUCAACACACACAUGUCAUGGUCACUGAGACAACGUCACUUCUUCGAAAUCAUGCGUGAGUCCCACUUGGCCGAAGCUCUCAGUGACGGGAAGGGUCUGGACAGUUGUGGCAGGUGUCCAGGGCUGGAGAGGGUGUCCCAGAUGAUGUACAAGGAGGCCAAUGAUGCUCUGGAUGUGUACGCGGAGUUGCUGGUGGUGUUGCAAAGGAUCAAACAAGCCAGUCAUGUAGCGCAACAUAGCAACCCAUUUGAGUUAGAAAGUGUUCUGAAGGAACAACUACAUAACGUGAUCAGUAACAGCGAAGCUCUCAAGGACAAAAGGUCACAGCUGAGCUCCAAACUGUUCAGCGCCUCUCAGAAAAAACGAAGCCAGAACGCAAAAGUAUCCAGCAUUGUUAAAUCAGAAGAUCACCACGAUGAAUUGGAACGAUUGCUGGAAAUUGGUCCAUCACUUCUGAACAUGACCUUAAACACAGCGAUCAAGCUGUAUGAAAACGAGGAAAAGUUCCUCAUGUCUGAGAUGAGGGAAAUUUCCAAGAAACAGGAAGUUACGUCAUCGGCACCGUCCUUAUCGGAAAUUACAUCAUCACUCUACUCUUCACUAAGCGUUUCCGGUCAUGCAACUGUCGUGUCAGCUGAACUAACGCCGAAUAAGCCGAACGUUAAGUUAGACGACAGUGACCCAGAGAAGAAUUUUUAUAAUUUCAAAUUAGCUUCUCUGAGAAACGGAGGCGUUAUUAUUGUCAGUCAAGAGACCGAUUCUGUGUUACAAGAGGGCGACAGGUUAAUUGAGAUCAAUGGACAAGUUGUGGUGAUGAGUAAUAGUGACCACGUGAAUGGCAUUCUGCAAAGAACGCCGUCGGCUAGAGUUGUAGUGAUGCGGACGGAAACCAGAGACAAGGUCAUCAGCAGUACCAUGGAGGCCGCCGAUCUUCGGGAAGACAUGCGACUAGUCGUCUCUGAACUGCAGAGAGAAUCAAACCGAAGCAAGAAGUUAGCCAAUCAGAAAGCAGAAAUAGCCGAAACAGUCAAAUCGCUCACUAACGAGAAGGUUCAGUUGGAAGAAAAGAUUGCAAACAUGGACGAUGAAAUUCAAGAGGUGUAUGAGAAAUUGGAAGAUGCGAACAAUUUGCUGAAUGAUUUGACAGAAGCACAUAGAGACACUUGCGAUCAUCUUGCAGAUGUUACGAAAGAAAAGGUGGAUCUAAUUGAAGAACUAGAGCGUAAAGACAGAGAACUAGAUCGAGUCAGUGAACACACUAAGAAAACAGAAGAUGCUCUUGUUGCCAUGGAGACAGAAUAUGAGAUGCUCAUCCAAACACACCCCAAUGGAGGCAAUAAUGGAGGAGGGGGCAGGGGGGAUAAAGGAAAAAGGAUGGAUCCCGCCACUUACGAGCAGCUGUUCACGGUGGAAAAAGAGAGUUUAGUUCAAGCCCUUCAACUGAAUAUAGAAGAAAGCACCAACCAAAGAGCCCAACUUGACACCCUACUAACCUUAGUUGAACAACAUGCCCCCCAUAUUCUCAAAAUGACAGACAUUCCAUCCCAACACGAGGAGAGAAGAAUGUCAAAGGAGGAGAAAAUUGAGGCAAUUGCGAGAGGAAGGAUUUCCAGAAUGAGCGGGGGGCAGUCGCCAGUUGUCAACAGCAGUGAAUAUCCUGAAGUCAAAUUCAACAGUUCGAAUGGGCCAUACAACGACCAUAAUAGGCAAAAUGGUCCUUAUAAUCAGCAAAAUGGUGGUUCUACUGCACAAAACAGUCAAAAUGUACCAUACAUAGAAGAAAAAGUCCAAAAUGGACCAUACAACGCACAAAGCAAUGUCGGUGAUCCAUUUAUUAAAUCUCCUAAUGGGUCAAACAUUAACGGUAACUAUGGGCCAUACAAACGUUUAAGCACUUCAACUGAGCCAUACAAAGCCAAUGGUUCAUUAAUGGCUCCCAUAGAUGACGAAAAGUCGAGGAGGAUGUCAAAUUCGUCACAACAGAAUAGAGCGGACCGAGUUGAUGGCGCAGGAUCUCGAUUGACUAUGAACAAUCAACAAGGUUCUCGCAACUCGAGAAACGCUUUUGUACCUGUCGAUAAUGACUAUGAUAAUGCUUCUGAAUCAGACCAAGAAAUAUAACUCAAAAUGGUGCAGUUGCUUUGAUCUAUGAACUGCGUAAAGAUAUCUUUGAUACGGUAACAGGAUAUAGUUUUCAUUAAAAAAAGUCGU